AUGAGUCCUUUGUUCUCUGACAAAUCAAUUAGUGAACAUCGUACUGCUUUGGUUAUUUCAACACAAAGGAUAAUUUUUAUUCUGAAUAAUCACUCCAGUCAUGAGGUUGGAUAUCAUGGGG